AAUUUGAAUGUGGCGCUAAAAAGAAAUUUAUCUAGGAAAUAUUCGAUCCUUUUAUUUGGCUAAUAUGAUACAUAAUAUAACUAUUUUAAUAUCUCUCUUACCAAAAAAUAUCUUCAUAUACAUAUGCCAAUCUUAUAGAUGUAUGUAUACGUUCCUUGAUUCAUGCGAAUGCUAUUAAGUUUUUCAAGGUGAUUUGUAAAAGUUAAAAAUAAGUGCAUAAUUCAAAAAAUGUCAACUAUGGAUGAUGUUCUUGAAAGUUGGGAAGAAAUUGAAGAAUCAGAGGUACUCAACAAAAGAUUGGAUGCUCUUCAGUUAAAUACAGUAGAAGCAUUAGAGGAAAUAGAAUCUUCUAGCUUCAAAACCAGUCACAAUUCGAGUACCAGAAUGAUAAUGUUAGGGGAAGAUGGUAUGAGAUCUCAAUAUGUACCUCCAAAACCGACGGUAAAAAUUUUGAAAAGACCUUCGAGAGAUUCGCAAGGUAGUGGUGAUGGACCAUUAGUGAAUGGAGAUAAGCCAAAACAUCCUAUUAAAUCUUUGAAACAGAGGGAACAAGAAUAUGCGGAAGCGAGAAAAAGAAUUUUAGGUGAAGAAAAAAGUCCGGAGGAAAAGUUAAUGCAAGAAAUAAAUAAAAUUCAACCAAAAUCGACGAUUCCGAGUAGUAGUGGAUUACCAAGUAAUAUUCUUCGUAUGCCUAUUGGACCAGAUGGAACACGGGGAUUUAAUGUACGCAGGUAGCGCGUCUUCCAGGGAUCAACUCUUUCCACCCAUCCUUUUCCUCCUCUUCCUUCUUCUUAACACAGGGAAGAGAGGCAGCUAUGAGGCUGAUGGCAGAAAACAAGAAUAAUAUUUCUGACCGAAUAUAAGCAUAGUGCUCCUACUAUUUUGAAUGGAGCCUAAUAUAAACUAUGCUGUGGAAUAUUGCUAAACAGACACGAUAAUAUAAAAA